CAAAUACAAACGUUCAGUUCGCUAUGAACGCUCCACUCUCUCAUUUUUAGUAUAAAAUAAAACAAACCUCAAAUAUCACAAGCUUGAUACUUUUACACUGCUUGAUGGCAUCGGAAGCAGCGAGAAUGACAUCACAGUCAUUGGCAUUGAGUCAUCAGGAAUAUAAAAAAUGGAACAGAUGCAAUCAAGGGAUAAUGUGUAAAUAUCCCAAUGCAUCAAGGAAUACGAUGGAGAAAGAACACGUGUAUUCAAUACACAUUAUACGAAAUCCAUAACUUUAGUGAGGUAUUCGUUGAAAAACGAGAAAACGUGGAAAGCUGUUGAAUCUGUUCAGCUGUAUUGUCGCUGCUUUUCAAAGAAAGAAAGCAGCUCAUUAGGUAGAUGAUCUUUUUGCGUUGCUAUAUGUUGACCUUCAAGAACAACACAC